AUGGGGUCCAUGUCCCUUACAUUCCCCCCGCAAAAUAAAAUUUUAAUUUUUAAUUAUUUAUUUAUUUGUUUAUUUAUUUAUUUUUAUUUUCUUUCUUUUCAAAACUCUUUUACUUCUUCUCCCAUCUCCCAGAAUUCGUUUAUUUCUUCUCCAAUCUCUAUUCCAAACUUUCCCUCUUUAGCCCAAUUUAUAUCCACAUAAGUUACUUCUUCGUCUUCCUUUUCUUCUUCACUUUCCUUUUCUUCAUCUUCUUCAUUUUCUUCUUUAUUUUCUUCUUCAUUUUCUUCCUCAUUAUUUUCUUCAUUAUUUUCUUCUUCAUUAUUUUCUUCUUCUUCAUUAUUUUCUUCUUCUUCAUUAUU